AUGAGCCAUCAAGUUGUCGUAAACAAACUGGAGAACUAUGGUACAAUAUAUUUCGGUACAACUGCAGUCGGCGAUUUAGAAGACAACUCAAAGAAGACAAAUGUAAUCCAACAGACUAAUAAAAACGCCGAGUUACUUUUAAAAGAAACAGAAGAAAAACUUCAAAGUGUUCUUGAGCAAAAAGAGGUACUCAAAACAAGGGUUUUUGAAUUAAAACAAGCUAACGAAGAGCUUCUCCAUUUGCUCCAACAAAAAGUGCCCCAAAAGGCUGAGAAAUCCGAAGUGAAAACUGAGGAUGUGUUUGAACCAAAACUUGUUGAGUGUAUUAUGAAGAACACGGAAGACGAUCACAACACUCAUAUGCAUCAAAUGGAAGUCGAAGAAGAUGGCUGUUCUGAAAAUGUGUGUCUUCCAGAGCCUGGAAAAUGUUCUUCUGAAUUAUUUGAGGCUUUUCAACAGAUCUCGAAGUUGACUGCGCAACAAGACAACCCGCCACUUGUUGAUCUUUCCAAUAUGUUGGUAGGCAAUUUAAAUCAGUCUGAAUUAGACAUGUUAUGCAAAUGGUCCAACAAACAGACUCUUCAUGUUCUUUUCAAAAGCACAGAGACUAAAUUUACACGAGAAAAUUGUCUUAAACUCUUCAACAACUCACACGAUUUAAUAAUUUUAAUAGAAACGCAGAGUGGAGAGAUUUUUGGGAGUUACCACCACGACUUACCACAAACAUAUGGCGUGUGGGUUACUGAUCCAAGACACUUUGUCUUUUCACUUCGUAACUUACAAGAUGUGCCUGGUAAGUAUGACGCCGAGCCAACAAACAAAUACUCAUUAAUGAUCGCAGACUUUAUAGAUGAUGAUGACGAAUUGAAGACUCCUGUCCUAGAAGUUGGUUACUUCUAUUCUCUGACGUUUGAGGAGAUGUGUUCGUUCAAUCCAUCCUUCAAAACGUCGUACAAAAACACUCCAAAAGGCGGCGUCGACUUUAUACUGAAAAAUUCGGCGUCUGCGCCUGUCAAAACCAUCUGGGUUUUGCAGUGA